UUUUUACUGCAGAACGCCGUCUCGUCCAAACAUCUGCACUCUCGCUUUUGAAAGACACUCGUCUUGGAAUUGAAGGUGCACAUUGGCUUCGUAAAAUUUUACAGAAUUCUGCGAAAGAGCCUGCAACUGCCGCUUUAGUUUUUGUAUUUAAUGGUCUCAACGUUAUUCGCAAAGACAAACCAUUUUCAGUGGAGGAUUUAAGGCCAGGGAGACGGUCUCAAGCUUGGGAUAUGUAUGAGAAAGGUCGAGUUGAUCCUGCUUAUAGUCAAUGGGCAAGUUCUGGAUUUAUCCACCAGCCAGAUUUAUUAUAUUUUGUGUUCAGCAUAUUCAAAGAAAAUGAUGUGGAAUUUAUUCGAGCACCUUACUCUGCUUGGGGACAGCGUCAUCCCAAAACAUACAUCCAUGCCCUUUAUGGUGGUUCAGAACUGUUAAUGUAUGACGUUGACAAAGUCAUUGUCAACAUGGAUCUGGAGAAGGGCACAUAUUCAUGGCUUAACAAAAAAUCUAUACUUGCUGACCUUCAAUUAAACGAUGAUCAAUUUCUGGAUGUCUGUAUUCUCGCUGGCUUCGAAUAUUGUGGUACUUUUCCGCCACUGAAUUCUGAAUUUAGUGGAUUCAGCUUUAAAGGUGUUCAUGACCUAAUUAAACAGUAUCGAAAUGGUUUCAAUGCUGUUCAAGGUUAUGCAGAUCAUGCGGGCGUCCAAAAGACCAACUACAUAGAAACAUUUUGUCGUACCAGGUGCGCUAUUAAAUUCCAUAUGGUAUUAACAGAUGAAGGAAAAGUAGAACCAUUAAACGCGGAGACAUCACCUAGUGAUAUCCAUGAUGUAAUUGGUUAUCGUUUACCAGACGAGGUAUAUUUUUAUUUAUCCAGAGGGCUGAUGUCUCCACAGGUUAUUAAUACUUUGAUAUCAGGUGUUCUCAUUGAAAAUCCUCCCCUAUGCAAUGGCGAAACGCAAGAAUAUAGACAAUUUUUGAGACAAAUACUUGAUCUUCGUACGCAAGCAAUGGGCCUACUUACCCAACCUCUUCACCAGUUUUACCAAUCUAGGAAGGUCGUAAGUGUUUAUUGGUUUGAGUCUGGUAAUGAACAUCCUUUAAACCAUAAUGUUGCUCCGAGUGUUCAUGAGACAUUAAAUACUUGGAAUGUUUUGGAAAGGGGAUUAGAAGAAGAGAAGAAGACUUCUGUUAUUGAUAUUGCUUUUUGUUUGAGAGCAACAGCGACUGAAGAGCAAGCUGCAAAGACCAUUAUGCCCAAAAAUAAUGACAAAACUAUUGAUUCCAAAGAUGAAAUUGUAGGAAAUGUAUUGUGGAAACUUUUGGAAUUAAGAGAGUUUUUAACACAUGCCCAACAUACUCAUACCAUAUGGGGCGUUGCUUUUAAAAAGGCUCUUAACUCUGCUAAGUCAAAUACUGAAUCUCAUCACGAGCAAUUAUUUAGCGCUUUAGAAUUGAUUAGAUUUGGUUAUCUCCAUGGUAAUAAUUAUAGUAGAGUAUAUUAUGUUGCGCCUAGUUGCGUAAGUGAUGAAGAAAAACGACAUAUUCUUCUGAUUUCGAGGACUCUUAGUUUAGUUCCUAUAAAAUUUAAGGGAGUACCAUGGGUUGGGCCUUUAUGUAGAGAAAUGUUAGUUUUUAAUAGCUUCGUUAAAGCAUUAAACCGGUCAUUACGUAAUCUAUGUGAAAUGUUAACUUUAUCGAUGUUUUUAAACGGUGAUUGUGAAAAAGAUCGUCAAGAUUAUCUUGAUCUCGCAUUAAGUCUGCCAUUUUUAUAUGACGCCAAUUCUGGAUUGGGUAUUAUUGCCAAGACAUAUCUUGAAAAUACUAUUACUCUGGCAAAAGAAAGUGAUAAAAACAUAAAAUCUGAUUCACUCAAGAAACUUGAGGAAAUCUUCACUUCGUGUAUAAAUGUUAAAGCAGAUCUAGAAAAUGGGUUUACGUUUUGGGAUGAGGUUCUGGUUGCAGUAAAAUCACUUAAGACGAGCGGAGCAAUAUCCUCUGAUAUUUCAUCUCAAUUCUUAAACACAAAUACUUGGUUGUCUUCUCGACGUCCUUGA